AUGGACCACGUGUACACGAGCACAAAGACUCAUCGGGAAAGAGGGCUCGCCGUUUGUGAGUCGCCCCUUGACCACCACCUCUCACCAGCACUCCGUCAGCCUGAAGUACAAAGAGACGAGCAAGACAUGCCAGAAGCGCACACAAGCAACCGGGAGAGGCCGACUUACAGUCAAGUAUAUCGGGCUUACGAGACGAAUCGCUCUACCCUCUUGCAAACAAGAGAGGACCUGGAGAAGGUCGUGGCGGUAGCGCGGGCACGCGAACGGGAGUUGCUGGUCGAGCGCGAUAACGCUCGCCUCCUACAAGAGCAGCUGCAUGUUCUAACUGUGAAGUUAGCCGAGCGCGAAAACGCGCUGCGUCAGGAGCGAGAGAAGCGCCUCGCGGCCGAAGACCUUCUUGCGAAGCGCACUGUUGAACUGGAUGCGGCGAAUGCGUUGCUCCCCGCGGCUGAGUCCAUCACCGACUCGCACAUAAUCGAGCUUGUCCAAAGCGUGAAUUAUGAAGUGGCACAGACUGCAACGCUGCUAGCCGAUGCAUACGAAGGGCGCCCUCGUAUCAAGCCGUCCACUAGGUUGUUAGCCUCUUUACAUCCUAAUGCGCUGGCGAAUAUAGAGGAAUGCGGCGCAGGACGUAUACUGCAACAGCACACUCAAGUCGAUCCCACGACGGCCUUGCAGAUAGGUCUCCAAGCUACGUUGGUUGAUAUCGCACGCAUAUUCUUGUCAACGGAGGCGUUCAGCCAAUUUGCGGGAUUUGAUUCCGUACUUCAAAUUUUGAAGGCAAAUGAACAAGACCAUGUGGCUCGGCAUUGGUACUCCUUGACGCACAAGUAUGCUCGUCAGGGCAUGUCCGACAUCACGGAUAAGGAGCUAGCUGGACGAAUAGCCAUGUAUUUGAGUGAGGCUAUCGUCCUUGCUGGUUACGAGCCCACUUUCGAGAUCCAGGCCAACGCCGCCCGAGUCCUUUCCAUGGCAGAAACACAGCUUGUAGAUAUCGGCCGUCUUCUACUGGAUCUGGACACCAUCCUCGGCGAGAAGGUGGCAAAAGGAUGGAUGGAGUCCACCACAUGUCGCAAUGGUGUACCGUUUGAGCCCGGUUGCAUGGAGGCAGCGUUUCAGGGAGAAGUCGUACUCGGGGAGGCGGAUGUUGUUUGCACGACAGCUUUCGAAUUAGUGACCUGCCACGCGCAAGUUUCUCUGAAUUUCCGUAUGUGCCCCAAUAUCAACUUUGCCUACAGGUUCGCAUCCGAGAAGGAGAGGAGGCGUGAUGCGCGUCGGAAGAGAGAACUGUCCGAGCCCGCAUGGCGCGCGCGGAGCUGUCAGGGAUGCGGCCGACGGGCCGGAACGGCCGCCGCCAGCUCACGAAGUGGUUACGCAGCAGCGAUCUUGCUCCCUCCCGCCAUGCGUGCCGUCCAUAUUGAGACGUCUAUACCACUCUGA